AGAGCUACGCGCGUACGCUACGAAUCGCUACGCUACGUAGUCGAUCAAGUAUACUAACGACAAAUUACGCGCCGUGCGGACUACUGUGACAAUACUUCCGAACCACCCUAGAACUCGUGUGCGUGUUGUGUAUUUAAACUAUCUAUUUGUGUGGACUGUGGAAUAUCUUCUAACGAGCUUACCAUGAAAGUGCUGACGUGUUGACACCGACAAGUAUAACGUUGAAAAGCACCACAACGGUUUUGGGAAACUUCAUUAAAAGAUAGUUUGUGAAAGAGAAAAGUUUGUUUGAGUAAAGUGGUGAACAAAGGAAGCAUGCGGCAGGGAGGCGCAGGUGGAUAGCAUGACAGCGUUUGCCACAGCGGCCUGAUGGCGCUAGUGCGCCGUAUUCUAGGCGACGCCCAGGCGAAACUUCGCAAAAUGGUCGAUGAACAAGUAUCAGUGGGAACAAGAGUGGAAACUGAAGCGGAGCCAGAGCCCGCUGAUCCUCUCAUCACACCAGCUUGUUCGGCGCUCGAUAGAUCAGAUUUAGAUAGACCAGUUCCUCCAGAAAGACGUCUCUUAAUUAGAACACUUGACAAACCGCGAAAUGGGGCGCUAAAUGGCGAUCGAGAAGCAACACUCAAUAGAACGACACGACUAUCGAUUAGGAACGGGAAAGACAAUCCAUUUAUUGUUUCUUCCCCAGAUGAUGACAAUAAAGAAAAUCAAACAAAUGGGAAGCUUGAAUCUCCUAUAAAAUGGAAUCAAAAUGGAAGCGACAGUGGGACAUAUGCAGAAAUAGGCAAUAGUAACACAAGUGAUAAGAAUCCUUUAGACCCAGCCGAUAGUUCCGAAGAAGAAGUUCCUUUACCUGACGCGACUUCGCCUGGAAGAAGUAGCGAUGGACCUGAACCCAGAGCUGAUAUCACAGCCACGCUCGAUGGAGACGCGGCGUCCCCCGGCGGCCGCUCGGACCGGUCCCGGCAGGAGGACGUGCCCGCGUCCCCCGGGAUGCUCACCGCCGCGCAGAUGGCUCGCCGCCUGCGGCUGGAGAACGAACGAUUACAGGCGGAGUUAACGCGGGUUCGUCGCUUGCUGGUAGCAGCAGUGGAGCGCGGAGAGGCGGGCAACGCGCUGGUCGAGCGCCAGGAGGGACAGGACGUGGCGCUCGACCCGCAGCAGCUGGAGAAGGAGCUGCUGCUCGCGAGGGAGGCUGUCAGCUCCCUCAAGGCUGAUAAGAAGCGGCUUAAAGCUGAGAAAUUCGAUUUACUGAACCAGAUGAAGCAACUCUACGCGACUCUCGAGGAUAAAGAAAAGGAGCUCAGGGAUUUUAUUAGAAAUUAUGAACAGAUGAGAUCGCGUAGUGGUGCGUCAUCCGCGCUAGGAGCGGAGCGGGCGGAGCGUGAGCGGGAACGCGCGGCCUUACUGCGGCACGCGCGGGACGAAGCGGAGCGCUCUCUGCAGCUCGCUGCGGCGCUCAGCGCGAGGGACACGCAGCUAAGACAUGCGAGGGAACAGCUGUUUGAGGCUCGAAGACAACUACAAGCGGCUGGGUGUCUCUCAGAAGGCGAGAGCGUGGCGUCUCUGGGCAUCGGGCCGCCGAUGAUGCUCGGUCCCUCCGGCCUCAUCGGUGACAGAGGCAGCUGCAGCGCUGAUUCAGGUGUUAGAGUUACAGGUAGCAGCGAUGGUGGCGCCACGUCGGUGUGCGGCGGCAACCUGUCGGACUCGACCGCGGAGGGCGCGCACACCGCCGACCCGUACGACGCGGACGCGGUCUCGCUCGUCUCCUCCGCGCACCCUAUAUACCAGCUGAGCACGCCGCGCGACUGCAGCCCGACGCUGUCGCCGCACAAUAGCGCGUCCCCAUUCACCCGCUCCAUUGAUGCUGGCUCGCUCUCCAGGUCAGUAGAACAGCUAUCCAGUCCGGGAGAAUGCGAGUCAUCGCUCGCUAGCGGUAUGCGGUCGCGCGCGGCUAAAGCGGGCCGCGGGCGAGGCUCCGCGUGGGGCUCUAUAUCGCGAGUAUUCGCACGCAGCAGACACCGCACCAAGUCUGGCAGUGCGGCGUCUAGUGGACAUGAGAGUGAGCCAGUAUACGCCGGCGGCAGCACACGCUCGUGGUCACCACUGGGCAGCGAGGCGGCGCUGCGUGAAGCGGCCUCACUACCGCUCUCACGGUGGCGCGCGCCCGCCAUCAUCGCGUGGCUCGAGCUCGCGCUCGGCAUGCCGCAGUACGCGGCCACCAUCGCGGACAAUGUGAAGAGCGGGAAGAUCCGUGCUUUGAAUGGGCAGGUACUGCUAGAGCUGACAGACACGGACCUAGAGGUGGGGCUGGGGAUAGCGCAGCCGAUGCACCGCAAGAAGCUGCGGCUCGCGAUCGAGGAGCGGCGCCGGCCCGACCUCGUGCGCAGCCCGGCCAUCGCGCAGCUCAGCCACGCCUGGCUCGCCGCCGAGUGGCUGCCCGACUUGGGCCUGUCGCAGUACGCAGAGUCCUUUUUGGCGAAUCUGGUGGACGCCAGAAUGCUCGACACAAUAAGCAAAAAGGAAUUGGAGAAAUAUUUGGGUGUGACGAGGAAAUUCCAUCAAGCCUCAAUCGUCCACGGCAUUCAUUUGCUCAGAAUUAUGAAGUACGAUCGACAGGCUUUAGCCGUACGCCGUCACCAAUGUGAGAAUGUGGACGCCGAUCCGCUUGUGUGGACCAAUCAACGUUUCAUCCGCUGGGCUCAUAACAUCGACCUGGGCGAAUUCGCUGACAACCUAAAAGAUAGUGGAGUUCACGGAGGAUUAGUAGUUCUUGAACCCUCUUUCACUGGAGAGACGAUGGCCACUGCUCUCGGAAUACCACCUUCCAAAAGUAUUAUUCGGAGGCAUUUAGUGGCUGAAUUUGAUGCCCUCAUCAUUCCAGCAAGGAAUAUGUUCGGACAUCAAAUAAGAAUGUUAGGUAGACCGUAUUCGAGAUCUGUAGCUACUGGUUUACCUGGAAUUGAUUUUAAUGCUGACUCCAGACGACAUAGCUUAAGGGGUUCAAUCACGCGAGCAUUAGGGGCUUUAAAAUCCAAACACGACCGGACCUCUCCAUCUAGUUCUAGCGAAAGUUCUAGUGUGCUAAGCUUAGGUCCUUCAUACCAGAUGUGCUACUCCCCUCCCAUAGGGGGCAGGACGCUAUCUCAGCUCAGUAUGACGUAUGCCCCUCCCCCCACUUUACAAGAAUAUGAACCAAUAUACACUCCUCUGAGUUUGUAUUCACAAUCGAGUGUGUCGACGAGAGAUAGCCUGCAGAGAUUGAAUGAAAUUAAGGAAGGCAUCACGCAUAGAUACGGACAAAGAGCGGAUCACGCUCACCGCGUGAGCUCGCCGCUACCGAGCAAGUCGGUCGACGACUCGGCCGUCAAACAACGGAGACAUAGACGCGUCAAAAGUAUCGGUGACAUUAACGCAUGUAGCAAAGCAUCCGUGUAACACAAACAGAGCGUGUGUGCCGAGCACACGUGUCAGAAGUGAAACUUCUCUGGCAAGAUUCAAAAAUACCAAAAUCGAUGACGUGACGGAUUUUGAAAUUUUACUCUCAAGUCUCAACGCGCCUAAAGAAGCUUCACUUCAAAGUUCCACAAAACAAUUACAUAUUACUCAGCAUAUCCUAUUUUACAACUAUUCCGUUAUAGACUGAUUAUAUUUCGUAUGAUCUUCAUUUAUUUACGCGAUACUCAAUAUUUUGUAAUGUCACUUUAUCACAUAACUACUGCUGUAUUUUUGCUGUACACUGUGAUAAUAAAUAAUCUCACAAAUUUGAAUGGAUACGUACAUUUUAUAAAAGAUACUUAUUACAGUCGAAGUUUGGCAACGAUGAUACAUAAGUAAUGUUUCUAUAGCGUGCCCGGUUUCAGGUUUCGUACCUAUUUGUAUUCGUCGUUUAAUUCAGCAAUUUACUCUUUGUACUCCACACUUCGACCGUAAUUUAUUAUUUUGUAAGUAUACAAAAUAUUAGUCAAUUUCUGUAUAUUUAGUAUUUAAAACGAGCUUUACAUUUUAGUAUCAUAUUUAUUUUGUUGUGA